GGCCAAUUACGGCCAAAUUUUUUGUUCAAAAUAGCCAAACAUUUAGCCAAAAUUAUACAUAAAAAAUCGAAAUCACUCAUUAGCAAAAAUCUAAUCUAACUUUAGAUUAACAGAUUAUGCUCUCGUCACAUUUUCAUUGCUUUGCAACGCUGCUAGCAGACUACCGUAGUAUUUAUAAACAAAACAUCAAAACCUUUUCAAUUCUCGACAAAGCUCGAUGACUUUCUCGCUACAGUUUUGAAGUUGACCGUUAUCCUUAUAAUAUGUCAGAAAGCGUGCAAUCACUACAAGAUUCACUUGAAAUAUACCGAAAUCAGUUGAAACAAAUACAAGAUGCAUUGUUGAUCGCGAAUGAAGAACAAAAACCGGACUUGCAGCAAGUUGUAAAAGAUUUAGAAGAAAUCAUAUUGCUUACUGAAACAAGUCUAUCAAGUGCACCGGUCCAGGAAGAUAAUGAUACCUCAUCAGCAAACAGCCAAAAUGAAUCAAACUUGGAUGAAGAACUUUCAGCAUUAGAGGGGAUGAAAUGUAAAGCUCCGUUUAAAUAUGAAUGGGGUGGAGUUGGAUACCACGGUGCUAUUAUCCUUGGUUCUGAGUUAGGCGAGGAUGAUUUAGUUUAUGUGAAAGCUGUUUUCAUGCACCCCACUACUAAAAAAAUGCAGCCAUGUCCAUAUUUUUUAGAAGGAAAUUGUAAAUAUCCAGAUGAAAAGUGUCAUUAUUCCCAUGGCUACACUGUCCGAUUGGAUGAAGUGCAAGAUUUCAGUGAUCCAGACUAUAGCAAAAUCACUGAGGGCUGCACAGUAUUAGCAAAGUAUAAAGAUGAACUGUGGUACAGAGGAAUUGUUGAAGACAUCAUCAAAGGAACAGAGUUUUCUGUCAAAUUCCAACAUUGCAAUGAUGUACUGUUACUCAAUUUGCAUGCUGUCUAUCCUCUAGAUGAAGACGACGAAGAUUCGUCCUCUGAAUCCAGUGAGGAUGAAGACGACGACGACUCUCAAUUUACUCCGAGAUGCCUAGAAGAACAUAACGUAGGAGCUGCUAAAGACUCUGGCUCGUUUGGAUUCUGGGAAAAACAUACUAGAGGAAUUGGAUCUAGACUAAUGGAGAAAAUGGGGUAUGUCCAUGGUUCGGGAUUGGGGAAGGAAGGAGAAGGUAGAAUCAAUCCAGUAGAAGCCAUGGUUUUCCCGCCUGGUCGAUCACUGGAUCGUUGUAUGGAAUUGAGAGAAGAAGCCGGAAGUGGGAAUAUGCUUUCGGUGGAAAAGAAACUUGAACGCCAAAAAGCCAAAGCCCAGCAUCGAUUGCGUCAAAUAGCCAACGCAUCCGAACGUGGAUCAGUUUUCGAUUUCAUCAAUUCCAAGCUUACAAAAACCAGUGGACAGGAUUCCAAAGGAGACGGGGCUUCACAUUCACGAACAAAAGUGUCCGACUUGGGGCAGCUAACUCGUGAAAAGCUGAACGUUCAAAGCCUCCAGAUCGGAGAAGAAAUUCGCAGAGCUGAGCGCGACAUCAUCAAAAUGAAACAAUCUCUUCAACGUCAGAGUGAUCGUGGUGACCUUGCAUCCGUUUCGCAAAUCAGAUCGAGACUGGCCGAGAAAGAAAAAGAUUUAGAUCGACUUCGAGCUUCUGAUCGUCACAUAGUGAACGAGCAAAAGCAAAGAAAGAGCUCUUCUAAAUUGACCGUUUUCUAAACUGACCUUUUCCGUAAUACUUCCAAUAAACAUAACCGUGUUAC